UUGCUGUUGUUGUCGCUUCAUGGAUUUUCAUUGAUCGUGAUCAGGGGUGAUGAUUGUCUGACUGAAAAAAGCUGAGUUCUGUUCGUACCAUCGUGUGUGUGACUUGAACAUGUUUUGAGGCACAUCCACAAAAGGCAUAGAGCAGAGGGUAAUUGUACUCAAGUAGGCGAUUGCUGUGAGAAUGAUACCACGGAGAUUACUUGCUGGAUUGGGUGGCUGUCGUCACGCGUCUUCCUCGACCUCUGCCUCUGCACACUAUGAUUUGGUGGUGAUUGGUGGUGGAUCUGGGGGUCUUGCUUGUUCAAAGGAAGCCGCUAGUUUUGGCAAGAAGGUAGCUGUUCUGGACUAUGUCCAGCCAUCAUCUCAAGGCUCAACAUGGGGACUAGGCGGUACAUGUGUCAAUGUCGGCUGCAUACCCAAGAAACUAAUGCACCAAGCCGCUUUAGCUGGAACUCUAAUCAAGAAAUCUUCCAAACUUGGCUGGAACGUGCCAGAUGAUGUUUCGCAUGACUGGUCGACACUGUGUGGAAAUGUGAACAAUUAUAUUCGCUCUCUGAACUGGGGUUAUCGCGUACAGCUCAAAGACAAAGCUAUCGACUACAUCAAUGCAUAUGGUACAUUCUCUGACGCGCACACUGUGCGUGCGGUUGACAAGAGACAAAAUGAGCGCCGAAUCACCGCAGAUCAUUUUGUUGUAGCUGUCGGUGGCCGCCCUCAAUACCCAGACAUUGACGGUACAGAGCUAGGAAUCACAAGCGAUGACAUCUUCACUCUACAAUCACCACCAGGCAAAACGCUGGUGGUUGGAGCUAGCUAUGUUGCACUGGAGUGUGCUGGCUUUCUUACGGGUCUUGGCUAUGACACAUCAGUCAUGGUUAGAUCGAUCUGCUUACGGGGCUUUGACCAGAGUAUAUCCUCGCUGGUAGCUGCACAUAUGGAGCAUGAAGGAACACGGUUCUUACGUAACAGUUCUCCAACCAAGCUGCAGAGGCACGGCGAGAACGAGAUACUCGUGACGUGGCAAGCAGUCGCUGAUAACUCGUCUGUGGUGGAGCAUACUGAAGUCUUCAAUACUGUCCUGUUUGCGACUGGUAGAACUGCUAGUACAAAGUCACUGGGUUUGGAAUCCAUAGGAGUACAAGCUGAUACCCACACUGGCAAGCUCAUAGGGUCUGCUGAGUGCCCCGAGCAAACAUCAGUACCGCACAUCUCUGCUAUAGGUGAUGUACUGCAGGGCUGUCCCGAGUUAACACCGGUUGCAAUCCGCUCUGGCAAGCUGCUUGCCAGACGCCUAUUUGCAGGCAGUUCAGAACAAAUGAACUAUGAUUUGGUGCCAACUACAGUUUUCACACCACUGGAGUAUGGUUGUGUUGGUCUGUCUGAGGAAGAUGCUAUUCAGCGACAUGGAGAGAGUGACAUUGAGGUUUUCCAUGCAAACUACCGUCCAUUGGAAUAUGCCAUCACUGACAUUGACCAUUCAUCGUGUUACACUAAGCUGGUUUGCGUGAAAGAGAACAAGCAGCAUCGCAUAGUUGGCUUCCACUUUGUAGGCCCCAAUGCUGGCGAGGUGACACAAGGAUUUGCUGUCAGCAUGAGUGCCGGUAUCACAUACGAACAACUGUCCAGCUGCGUGGGCAUCCAUCCUACGUGUGCUGAGGAAAUCGUCAAGCUGCACAUCACAAAGAGGUCUGGCGAGGACGCUUCCGUUUCGGGUUGCUGAGGUUAGCUUCGCCUAGACGCUCUACAUGCAUGUGCCAUGCAAGUGCCGUCAGAGUGCUAGCACUAACACUGGCAUAGCAUGUAGUGAUCUAGGUGACAACACACUGUGCUGAUAGAAAUCAUGUGACUGCAAACAGUAACAUGUCUACACCUUCGUUCACAAACCUAGGAGCGGGUAGUCAUGUUUUGAUGACAGCUGAUGUGGCAACUUCUUUCAUUGGAGACAUGCCAGCUCGAAAACUGUUUGCCAGUCUGAACCCAAACGCGAAAUCAUGUUGUACAUUUUAUGCAUAUUUAUUUAUCUAUUUCUGCUUCUUGUUCGGCUUUUUGCUGCUCGUGCCUCUGUACGAGUCUUGAUCUAAUGCCAAACUCCAAUAAUUUAUUAUCCUUUUCUUUCCUCGAUGAUCGCUCAUAUUUUAGUUUUAUAUUCAGCUGAUUUCAAUAGUGCAUUGCUUCUAUGUUGGCUGUUAUCUUGAUCUAUACCGUAUAUUAGUACGUUCCAUUCUUGCUAGUUGCUACUUCUUUUUGAAGCACAUUACAGUACCUCCGAGACUACGAAGCACAGAGACUGUAUGAUCUCUCUAUCGGCAGCCAGUGCAGAAUCAGUUUAGUCCGUAAUGUGCAUACACGUGGAAACAAUUCUA